AUGUCCAAGUACGUGACGAAAUAUAUCCCGAGCGGCUCGACCGUGAAGGCUCGGGUCACCACCCUCAGUGCGUGGGAGCUUCCCAAGCAAGAAUCCGCCCUCGCACCCAAAGAUGUCUGGACAAACUCUGAUAUGGACCCUGUCCCGCCCCAAUACCAGACGUGGACGCUCUGGACUUGGAUGGCGUACUGGGCCACGGACACUAUCAACCUCGGCACCUGGGAAACCGCAUCGUCUAUCCUCGCCGUCGGCUUGAAUUGGCGCGAUGCCAUCCCCAUCAUGGUGGUCGGAACGUCCUGCGUUGCAGUCCCUAUGGUUCUCAACGGUGCGAUCGGCGCGAAGCUUCACAUACCGUUCUCCGUCAUUGUGCGAUCCAGUUUCGGCUAUUACUUCGGUUAUUUCUGUAUCUUCUCCCGUUGUGUUCUGGCAUGCUUCUGGCUUGGGAUCCAAGGUGCAAACGGAGCACAAUGCAUCACCCUGAUGCUGACCGCCAUCUGGCCAUCUUAUGGGCACAUCAAGAACCAUUUGGCCUCGGACGCGGGCAUCACAACCCAAGGCAUGAUAAGCUACUUCCUGUUCUGGAUCAUCCAGCUUCCACUCCUGUUGAUCCCACCCACCAAGUUACGAUGGCUUUUCAUCGUGAAACUUGUUGCAGCGCCCGUCACGGCCCUUGCCACGCUCGGGUGGAUCGUCCACAAGGCAGGUGGCGGCGGUGCCAUCUUCCAUCUACCCGAGACUGUCCAUGGCAGCACUCGCGCCUGGCUCUGGUUGUCUUGCAUGUCCUCGGUCACCGGCAGCUGGGCCACACUAGCUUGCAACAUCCCUGAUUUCAGUCGAUACGCAAAGUCGAGCAAAGGACAAUAUAUCCAACUUCCGUUCCUCCCGGCCAUCUUCACAGUUUGCGGCGUGAUGGGCAUCGUUACGACUUCGGCCUCGAAAGUCGUCUAUGGCGAGUAUCUCUGGAAUCCUCUUGACAUUAUCGACCACUGGCUCGGCAGUCACGGUGGAAGAGCCGCUGCAUUCUUCGCCGCACUGUCCUGGUACAUUGCCCAAGUCGGCACAAACAUUACGGCGAACAGUAUCUCUGCCGCCAACGACAUGACGGUCAUGUGCCCCAAGUACAUCAACAUUAAGCGCGGUUGUAUGCUUGCAGCUGUUAUUGGAGGCUGGGUAAUCGUGCCGUGGAAGAUUCUCAGCUCUGCGUCAACCUUUUUGGCCUUCAUGGGCGGCUAUGCUGUCUUCCUGGCUCCCAUGGCUGGUAUCAUUGCCUCAGACUACUGGAUCGUCAAGAAACAGCAUGUCGACGUCCCCGCGCUGUACGACCCUCAUGGCCGGUACAGGUACAACAUUACGGGCAUAAACUGGCGAGCCAUGCUGGCCUUCUUGCUCGCAGUCGGGCCGAACCUGCCUGGUCUAGCCUACAGUAUCAACAGUGGCUCCAAGAUCACCACGGGAGCAAAGCAUCUAUACUCGUUUGAUUGGCUGUAUGGAUUUCUUACGAGCAUUUUCGUUUACAGCGUAACGAGCCAUUUCUGGAAGCCUACCGACCAGCUCGUUUCCCAUACCGUGUACGGUAUCCCGACCGACCCGAUGGAUGAAGAAGCAUACGAGGAGCAGUACGAUGAGAAAGUGUUGAGGAAGGACAGCCUGGUCGGCAACCCCAAGGGAUUUUCGAACAUUGGUGGAAUUGAUAACAUGGGUAGCGCUCUUCAUUUCAGGAAGUCGGUCGAGGAGACGGCUCGCGCGAGUAUCGAGAUUAGACAGAGCCAUGCAGCUCAGGGUGGCCAGGGUCCGCAUGAGCCAGGGUCCGUUCCAAGUCAUCUCAAAGGCGUGGAUCAACAGGUUCUCGACGAGAAGAUGGUUUGA